UCUACCCUGCAUAUCUGUAACCAAGCACGUGGUAUUUAAAUCCGAUUGACUUAACCUUUAAAAAUAAUUUUCAUAACAACAAUAACUUAACCUCAUAAAUAAAUUUUUUUGUAUGUUAUCUAAAGUAUUUUUAAAUUAUUCAAGAUACAUUAAAUUAUCGAAAAUGAGUAUUUUUACCCAAAAUUAUGAUCCCAUUACUGGAUGUUCUGUUUGGGAGGAAAAAAAUCCUGAUUAUGAUUAUCAUCAAGAAGUUGCGCGUUCAGCUUUUGCUGAUAUGCUACACGAUCAUGAAAGGAAUGAAAAAUACUAUCUUGCUUUGCAAAAAGCAAUCGCCAAAAAACAUAAGCAAGGUUUAAAAGCUAACGUUCUUGAUAUUGGUACCGGGACAGGUUUGUUAUCGAUGAUGGCAGCUAGAUGUGGUGCUGAUACAAUUAUUGCAUGUGAGGCUUUUAGACCAAUGGCUGAAUGCGCUGAAAAAAUAAUAAAAAACAAUGGGUUUGAGUCGCGAAUAAAAUUAAUUAAAAAAAAAUCAACUGAAAUAAGUGUCAGCGAAACCGGAGAUAUGAAACAACGAGCAAAUAUUCUAGUUACUGAAGUAUUUGAUACCGAGUUAAUCGGUGAAGGUGCACUGCCAACAUUUAAACACGCCCAUGAACAUCUUCUAGAGAAAGAUUGCAUUGUAGUGCCCGACAGUGGAACCGUUUGGGUUCAAGUAGUCGACAGUUUAACUGUUCGUAAAUGGAAUCGCGUGAAUGAAAUAAAAGAUCCAAAGACUGGAAAGUUACUAAUGAAGCCUCCUAAUUCAGUAAAUGAAUGUGCUGGUUCUUCAGCAGUACAUGAUAUUCAGUUGAGUCAAUUACCAAGAGAAUCUUUCAUACCAUUAUUAGCACCUCAGCCAAUUUUUAAAUUUGAUUGGUCAGGAAAAAUUCCUUUGAUAUUCAAUGAAAUAAAUACUUUGCAAUGUAAUGCUAUUGCAUCCGGUACUGCACACGCUGUAUUUAUGUGGUGGGAUUUAAAUAUGGACGAAGAUAAAGAAAUUUUAUUGAGUUGUGCCCCAGUAUGGGAACAUCCUGACACUAAAUUAGAUAUUUAUAAAGGAUUAUCUCUAGAGGAAAUGACUGACAAACUUCCAUGGCGGGAUCACUGGAUGCAAGCUAUUUAUUAUCUUCCAGAAGAAAUUUCAAUAAAAAUAAACGAACAAAUAACUCUCGUUGGUUAUCAUGACGGCUAUUCAUUUUGGUUUAAUUUACCUAAAUCAAAUUAUUCUAAAUUAAAAUUUACCAAAAGUCCUGUCUGUGAUUGUUCAUUACAUAUCGCUUACUCCAGAACCCGGCUAGGUCAACUAAAUGACAGCGAAAGAAAUAACAAAUAUAUAAAUGCGUUAAAAAAACACAUUACUUCGGACACCACGUGUCUUUGUAUAUCAGAUGGUUCAUUAAUUGGAAUCGCUGCUGCUAAUCUUGGCGCUAAAAAAGUUAUUUUAUUUGAACCAAAUUAUUUAUCACGGAGAUCUAUUGAAUGUUUUAUAGAUGCUAAUGAUUUAAAUAAUAAAAUUAAAAUAAUUGAAUCAAUUGAACAAUUUGCUUGUAAUGAUAACGAUGAUAAAUCGAAUUAUUUAAUUAUCGGCGAACCUUAUUAUGCUAAUUCUAUUUUCCCAUGGGAUAAUUUAAGAUUCUGGUAUUUAGCGUCGACUUACGCUAAUGGAAUUAAGUCUGUACCCAUGUCAGCGUGUAUUCGUGGAGUUAUUGUUGAAUUUAAAGAUCUACAUCACAUUCGUGCUCCACUUGGAGUUUGUGAAGGAUUUGAUUUGACAAUAUUUGAUAAGCUGAUUGUAUCGUCUAGUGAAAUAAGUGAUCAUCCAGUUGAGGUUCAUCCACUAUGGGAAUAUACUGGACGUGCACUAUCAGCACCGUUUGAUAUUGCGUCUUUUAGCUUUGACCAAAACUUUGAUAGUGAAAGUAGAAAAGAAUUCUCUGGACAAGUGCCUAUACUUGAAGUACUUUUUUUAUUAAAGGUCUUAAACUUUGUGACAUUAUCAAGCAUCAUUCCAAGAAUAUUCUGCGAAAUUUUCAUUAAAAAAUAUUUAAGAAUAAGCCAGUGAUAGUGGGGAGAGACGAGUUACCUCAAAAAAAGUCUCCAUGCCGUAGGCAGGAUAACUCAUGACUGCUUCAUCUGAAAUCAAAAAACCAAAAAGAUUUCUUUAGUACAUAAGUUUAUCUUUGAUCUGAACGGAUUAUUUUUUUUUUUUUUUCAAUAAGUACGUAUUUUUUAAUUAAACAAAAGGAGCAGUUUUUAGCAAAAAUCAGAGUUUUUCGAUUGCACCUUUACCAAAAAUUAAAAAAUGAAUAUUUUGUUUAUUCCUUCGUUUAAAUCCACGAUAAGCUUAUGUAUUAAAGAAACUUUUUUGGUUUUUUGAUUUCGUAUAAGGUGGUCAUGAGUUAUCCUACCUACGCCAUGGAGACUUUUUUAUAAGUUGACUCGGCUCUCCCCAUUACCACUGUCUUAUUUUUAAAUAUUUUUUUAUGAAAGUUUAGCAGAAUAUUCUUGGAAUGUUGCUUAAUAUUGUCUGAAAUUUUAAAAAUGGUAGUAAAGAAGGUA